AUGACUAUGUGAAAGCAAAGUUGAAAUCAUUGAGAAACAGCUACACCAAAGCAAAAAAACCUCAAAGCAGUGGAAGUGCGAGAAAAUCGCUGAGCAAGCGUGCCGCUUGGAUACGGGAUAAGCUGCAAUUCCUUGAACCGUAUAUUGCAACUCGAACAUCAACCUCGAGUAUAGAUGUAGUAAGUAUUUUAAUGGAAGCUGUAAAGAUGUGCUCGUGCCAGGGGGGAGCUGCCCCCUACAAUUUCACCACCCCACCCCCUAAACCAUAAAUAAUGAAGACUCCUUUAGGUAAAAUCUUAAAUUUGAUACAUUUUAUAUCAUAUUGUCCUGCCAUGUAACAGCCCCAGCACCCGAGAAAUAGCUGGUGAGAAGCUGGUGUUGUUGCUUUGCACUUCUUGUGGGGUUGCGGUCGGUGGUGCAGGACUGCAAACGGUUGAGUGGAGGGUCAGCUCUCCAUGCUCCAGACAAGAAUGUGUGAUCUCCACUUUCAACAUCACCAGCACUGGUGUAUGCAUUGCUUGUUGUUGUCGACCAUGAAGUUGUGGAGGCAACACGAUGCAAGGAUCAAGUACAUCACUCUUUCAGGACUCAACUUUAUUGUUGUGAGAAACACACGAAAUCGGCUGGCAAGAAUUCCAAACGCAUUUUCAACAACCCGUCUGGCGCGAGAUAACCGAUAGUUGAAAAUGCGUUUGGGUUUAUCCAUAUGUCGGUGUGGAUAUGGUUUCAUCAUAUUCCUAGUAAGUGCAAAAGCAUCAUCUCCAACCAUAUGAUAAUUGAUUAAGGCCUCUGGUAUUCCUUCAACACAUGCUGGUGGUGGUAAAUUGAGGGACCCGUCGUCUAAGGUCCUCUUCAGGACUGAAGCAUUAUAGAGCCCAGCAUCUCCAGCACGUCCAGCAGCUCCAGCAUCUACAUAAAUAAAUUUGUAAUUGGCAUCGACUACAGCCAAAAGUAACACACUGUAGAAAUGCUUAUAGUUGUAAAACUCAGAGCCACUGUCAUUUGGAUUCUGUAUGGCAAUGUGCUUUCCAUCUAUCGCCCCUAUGCAUGAUGGGUAAUUCCAUUUUUCUUCAAACUCUUUUGAGACCACCAACCAAUCUGCCACAGAUGAGUCUGAAAAAAGAAAGUGCAUAAUAAAAUUUAAUACAAUUUUUUUUGUUACACUUUGAUUAGACUGUGUCACAUACUACCACUCCAGAUAGUGCCGAGUCGACAGAUCAGCUAAAUAGCCUGAAUGAGAGCAUUGAUGAUGUGGACAGUAUCACUGAUGAUUUGUUGGCAAAUGAUGAUGAUCCUGACAGUGAAACCUCACCUGCACUGCCAACCAAACAGCCAUUAACUGGUAAGUUAUCCCGAAGGAAACAGGCAGAGCAGGAAUUUGAGCCAAUCAAAGGCCUUGCAACCUCAAUAGCAGAACGACAAAACAAACGGCAUAAAACAGCUGACACUCAUGAUGAACCAAUGAGCUCAUUUGGUCGGUAUGUGACUGAAUCAUUGGCAGAACUUGAGCCAAGAAUGACACAUUUGUCCAAACACCAUAUAAACAAUGUAUUGUUCCAAGCACAAAUGGGGACACUAUCAUACCAAGAGGGAAACAACACAGCAUUUUCAUCAGAUCCUGAUCCACAACACAACUGGUUUCCACCCAAUCCACCAAUGAUGAAUUUCCCCUCUUAUGCAAGGGUGCAGCAGAGUUUCCCAAGUACAUCUAGUACACUCUAUGCAACCUUGGUCAAAGCAACUGGCCUGAGUUGA